UGUGUGUCAUAAUCAGUGCGACGAGAUGGACCCCACGCGUGAGCGGCGUAUAUAAGUGUAUACACCUGUAUGGUGGGCUCGAUUCUUUCGAGGCUGAAAAUUCCUGUGCUCCGGUAUGUGAUAGAGUUAACGAACUACAGCGACGCUAGUGUUCGGAGAUACGGAAGAUAACGAGACACAUUCUUGAAGGGGCUCGUUGUGAGAUAAGAUUGACCAAAAUAUCGGAUUUUUUCGGUGGGAUUGUCUGCCAGUAAUGACUUAAAUUGAUGAUGUACCAAGUUUGGUUUAUAUUCGCGAUUUCGAAGAAAGAAGGUCCUCACGUUGAAAUAUCAGUGUUGCGGGUAAUUUGUUUAUUAUGCCGUACAUCGCCGCUAAUUGCUCGUUAGAUUUUUAUUGGACAUUCAAAAGAAAUAAUGACGCAGUUCCACGUUUACAUAACAAGCGCAUUUUAAAAACAAAAUCUUUUUCAUCGGCUCGUUUGAUUUAAAAGGAAUUUAUCAGCCGCACAAUGAAAUCUUAGAAAUCAAUUGAACAAAUGAAAGGCACAGUUGCUGUGCGAUGUGCGCGAUGGAUAACACUCACGGAAAACAAAACAAAUAUCCCCUCUUUGUCGGGUUUGGUGACGUUAUAAAAAGAUGAAAUGUGUGCGCCCGAUAGUUAGUGGCCAUCUCUGGUGCGAUACGAAAAGCAUUGCGGGCUGAAAAAGGUUGACAAUCCCACGCACUCUACCUCAGAGCGGAAAACAUGAGAGCUGUCGUCGCUCUUAACACGUUUGCGCUCCUCUUCCUCGGAGUUUGCGCAGACUCAGGAUGGUGGAAAUCUAUGUCUCUUUACCAGAUUUACCCGAGAAGUUUUAAGGACAGUGAUGGCGACGGGAUUGGAGAUCUUAAAGGAAUUCAAAGCAAACUCCAGCACCUGGUUGACUCAAAGUUUAAUGCAUUUUGGCUCUCUCCGGUCUACCCGAGUCCCAUGGUGGACUUUGGCUACGAUAUUUCCGACUUCCUGAGUAUCGACCCCGUUUACGGCAAAAUGAAAGAUUUCGAGGAUCUGGUCGAAGAAGCCCAUAAUCUGUCGCUCAAAGUGAUCAUGGAUUUCGUGCCCAACCACAGCUCCGAUAAGCACGUGUGGUUCGAGAAGAGCGUGAAGAAAAUCGAACCCUACACAGACUACUUCAUCUGGCACGAGGGCAAAAUCGUCGACGGUGUCCGUAGACCACCAAACAACUGGGUCAGCGUAUUCCGCGGAUCUGCUUGGACGUGGAAUGAAGAGCGACAGGCUUACUAUUUCCACCAAUUUGCCCCGGAACAGCCGGAUCUCAAUUACCGCAACCCGGUCGUUGUCGAGGAGAUGAAGAACGUCCUGAGAUUCUGGAUGAAGAAAGGCGUCGACGGUUUCCGCAUGGACGCAGUGCCCCACCUUAUGGAAGUAGAGGACCUUCGUGACGAACCCCUGAGUGGCAAUACCAACGACCCAGAGGACUACGGCUACACCCAUCACAUCUACACCAACAGCUUGCACGAGACCUACGAGAUGGUUCGUCAGUGGCGCGAAGUAGUCGACGAGUACAAGGAUUGCGUUAUGAUGAUCGAAGCUUACACCGAUACCGAGAAGACCAUGAAGUACUACCAGUACGGUGCACACUUCCCGUUCAACUUUGCCUUCAUCACGUCCGCCGACAAGUCCAGCAGUGCAGGCCAAAUCAAGAGCCUCGUCGACUCUUGGAUGAGUAACUCGCCUCCCAACAGCGUACCCAACUGGGUGGCAGGCAAUCACGACAAACCACGACUGGCUACUCGCUUCGACACUGACUUAGCUCCAGCCAUCACAACCAUCGUACAGUUGCUUCCGGGAGUAGCGGUCACCUACUACGGCGAGGAGAUCGGCAUGGAGGACACCUGGCUGUCCUGGGAGGAGACUCAGGAUCCCCAGGGCUGCAACGCCGGGAAAUCCGGUUACGAGAGGGCGUCGCGUGAUCCUGCCAGGACACCCUUCCAGUGGGAUGCUACCACUUCAGCUGGAUUUUCGACCAACCCCAGGACUUGGCUCCGCGUCAACGACAAUUACAAGAAAAUCAACCUCGUUGCUCAGAAAGCCGCGGUCAAGUCGAACUACAAGUCCUUCUUGAAAAUCACAGAUCUGAGGAAAUGGCCAGCAGUGAAGGACGGAUAUCUGAGCACGAAAUUGCUGAACGACCAAGUUUUCGCUUUCGCGAGGACGCUCGAAGGUGCGAGGUCGGUUUACGUGGUGGUAAACUUCGCGUAUCACCCGGUGACUGUAAAUUUGCAAGCUUUCGAGAAUGCCUCAUCCGAGCUGCAGCUCUACCACACUACAUCUGAUGUCAAGCAUCGAGUCGGGCAAAAGGUACACACGACGGCUGCACAGAUUCCGGAGCGCAGCGCUUCAAUUUUCGUUAGCCCCGCCUAGAGCAAUCGGCGCUAGAAGCCCAGCUCUCCCGCUCGAAUCAUCAUCGUACACGGCCACCUGUACAACCGCCGACUGCGAAAUGUCAUAUAUUCUGCAGUCAUCAGUCGAGUAUAUAAUCGUCCAUCACCGAACCUCAAAUUUCGAUCCGACUACAUAGCGCUGCAAAACGAAUUCGGUGAAUUUCGAAUCCGACCGUUGUUCGAACGCUGGCGGGAGGCGACCGGCUGUUUUCAAACUCUUAUCCCAUCUCAUUAGACUGUCAGAUAUAGUUUACGGCUUUUCCUAUUAUUAUACUUGAAGAUCAUUUCGCGAUAUUGCAAUGGCUUUUUUUCUCGCCCACCGACGCGACCUCGAUCACCGAUUUUCCAUCGACAACUUUUGCGGAGAAAGUGCGAUGCCAAGAAGCAGAGCUGGGCGAAGGUAUAUAACCGCCCGCAAAUCUGAUCAAAAGUAGAUUUACGCGCGGGUAUACUACUACUGUGGAAGACGAGUUCGAGAAGGGGGAUACAGCUGGCGAGCUCUUAACUCUAAUUAAAACGCCAAUGAUAAGUAGCGGAUACUCGGCUCUUUGCCUUAUAUUGCUAAUUAGUUGAUUAAGAGAAGGAUAUCGCUUGUGUAGUUUUAUUCUCAGUCGGCGCGAUUCGCUCAUUCGCGUCUUACGGCUUCAUUGCGCGGGCUUUCCGUCGAUUAUGCCUCGUACAAAGCCUGUAUCUCGUAUAAAUCGCGGCUUGGCAAUGCAUCGACUCGAACGAGUAUCGAGCGAUGUACGAAGUAGUGAUUAUUUGUUUGUAAAUUAGGCGAACUCAACGAAGCUAAAUUUAGUUUUUGUAACCGCAAACUUUUUCACCUGUACAAUUUUAUUCUAGUGUGUUAUUAAAAUAAAUUUUAUAAAACCUA